GCGGCUGUGAGUACCAGGGCUCCCGGCUUGACCGUCACAUCAAGGAUAUCCACUCGGAGAUGACUGUGGAGGACAGGGAGGAAAUGAUGAAGAAGAAUAUUUGGAAAGCUUCGGCCGGGUGCACGAGGGCACCAAUCCUACCCGCAAAAUGAUCGAGAAUGCAAGGUCAAAGGUCAGCCGGGUGAAAGCCUUCCUUAUGUUCAUGGGGAACAAACACCCGAGGUUGUCAGACUGGUUGUUUGUAAACAACGCAAGAAAACUCAAAAUGUGGUGUGAUGCUAUGUUGAAAACUAUGAAGGUGACCACGUUGGAGUUCUACAUAAAGAACAACAUUCAGUUUCUGAAAUUCAUGCAGGAGACUCCACCGCGGUCAUCCAGACUGACUAAAGAAAACAUGGUCGGUGUCGCCAGGGACAUGAAGAUGGCCCAGAAGAGCCUCAAGAGGUUGGUGGUGGUCCACCAAAUGGCAGUAAAGAGGACGAAAUACUCCGAGCUGCCAGGAGGUGACGCCAUCACCAGCUUCUUAGAUGGGGCUAAAUUGAAAAUUCCCCAGCUGCUCGACGAGCUGGAGGAGGAGUACACAAACAACCUCCGGUUCCGGCUGUACGGCUUUAUGUGUGGCUAUUGGAGCUGCGUAUUUGGUCACAGGCCUGGAGUGUACUCUAACAUGACCGACACAGAGUACACGCAGGCCCUGGCCAGUGGUGGAGAGCAGGGCUACUUGAUACAUGUCAAGGAGCACAAGACCAAUAAGUCUUUUGGGGAGGCCCAGCUGGUCCUAACAGGUGUGGAGUUUGGGUGGCUCCAAAGGUGGAUGGCCAUAAAGAACAAAGUCCCCAAGAAGGAGAAAAACACAUUUGUUAUGUUCACAAAAGGGACCGGUCCCUGUAAGAACUUAAACAAUUGCCUGAGGAUGGCCUGGGCGGAGCUGAGAAUUGGCGGAAAUAUCAGCUUCACCCUUAUCCGGACGGCACUUGCGCACUACGCAAAAAAGACCACGGACGUAACUGCCAGGAAGAGGGUGGCAGAUUUCAUGUGCCACGAUGUGACCACCGCCGACCGCUUUUAUGCCAGGUGCCCUGAUGUCACGGAGGCUAUGGCCAUCCGCUGUCUCAUACGAGACAGCCUCAGGACGGAGGAGAGGGCCGGACCAUCAACUGCCGUGGUGGCAUCCUUUACUCCGCUGGGAGGAAGGACAUGUGUGGAGGAGAGCAGCA